AUGGUCCAAGGAAAUUCAAGUGCCACCGGCAGUUCAAGCCGUGAAUAUGGAAUCACAUUCGAGAUCUCUCCCCCAGCUGCUGUGCGCCCAGGAGUUCCGUUCACCAUACCAGUUGUUGUAGCAGUGCGACCUGUGGGAAACCCAGGCGGCUCCGUUCAACAGCUGGUGAUGAACGCCUCGUUGAGAAACGAAGCGGGGACCAGCGCCGCAUCAGGUCUGGCUGGGAAUCUUACUUCGAGUGUGCGCAGUCGCAGCGGUAACACCACCAGCGGAUACGCCAGAUUUGGACCCCUUACCAUUGGACAGCCGGGCAAAUACCGACUUCGAAUCAUGUUAGGGGCAGCUUCCGUGGGGGGAGUGACCACCAAGGACUACGUUGAAUCGGGUGUUAUUCAUGUCCACGGGGCAGCAGAGGCAUCUCAGCGACCAACUGCGGCGCAGAUAUCCAAACUCCAGGCCCUGACGGCAGAGAACAUAGACAUAUCAGCAGCCGACAUUGCGGCGUGGCAGGCAUGA